AUGUCAUUUUCCCAAGAGAUCCGUCGUCGUGGGUCUUAUGCCCCAAUCGAUUUCACUCCUGAGGUGUCUCAGGCUUGCCGCAAACAAGUGGAAUUCUACUUCAGUGAAUAUAAUUUGCCCUACGAUAAAUUUUUACGCUCUCUAUGCGAACAGAAUGACGGAUGGAUUCCAAUUACGACACUUGCGUCUUUCAACAGAAUGAAAAAGUAUAGACCUGUCGACAAAGUUGUUGAUUGUUUAAAGGACUCGACGAUUCUAGAGGUUAGCGCUGAUGGUGAAAAUGUGCGUAGAAAGAGUCCAUUAGAGACAGUUGAUUUUAAGGACAGGAACGAAAGAGUGUUAGUGUUUAUGAACUUUAAGAAGAUCGAAAAUGAAGAUAAAGAUAAAUUCCUAGAAUUACAAGAAGAACUAGAGAAGUUCUUCAAUGGGUUCACCACUGUUAACCAAGUUCGUUUGAAGAAGGACCAUAAGAAAUACUUCAACGGUGUUGUCGAAGUCGAAUUCAAGACGAAGGAGGAAUGUGUCAAAUUCUUUGAGGAACACAAGACCGAUUUCUCAUAUCAGGGACAACCAUUGGAAGUUGUCACUAAGAAGCAAUACAGCCUCGCCAAGAAUGCAACUAGAUCAAAGAAUUUCGGUGGUUCUGGUCAAAAGACAAGAUCAUUAACUGGUUACAGGAAGAACAUCCCAAAGACUAAUGACGAAACUCCUGAAGCCAGUUCUGAAUCAAAGCUCAGUGAAGGAGAUGCCAAUGCUCCAACUGAGAAGAAAUCGGAAGAAAGUGCCACAGAAACUGCUUAA